AUGUUAUAUAUAUAUAUAUAUAUAUAUAUAUCUUUCUUCUUCAUCUGCUUUAUUUCUCUAUUGGUUUUGCACCUUGUUUGUUCUAUCGUACAGUGUUACAUGGAAGGAGACGUCAUCCCUUCCGUCCGCAACCACUUGCAGGACUUUACCCCACUCAUUCCCACCGAUGCCUAUGGAACGAAACACAUGAAGGGCUUUAGAGUGGGUCUGGGGAAGUUGGACUUCAGUUCGGAGUUUGUGUUUCUUCACCCGAUCUCAAGCGAGCUCCUCGAUCAACUGAAAAGGUUGACAAAGGAAGAAAAAGAUGGGGAAAGAGGGAUGAGUGUCGGCAGUGGGGUAACGAACCCGCCGCUGGUGGAGGCGCUGAAAUGCAGCGACCUUCAAAGAUGCGCAUUACGGUCAAAUAACGUCAUCGUGGCCACAUCAUUCGGUUUGUGGGGAACAGUGGAUCAUUGCGGAGAUAUCAUUGAUGCCGUAAAGGCGCGAUUCCUCGCAGGUGCAGAUGAGAGACGAAUGAGCAAAAAAGUAAAGUUGCAGUUAAAACAUUUCUUCAAGUUUCUUAAUGAGAUGCAAGUUGACGUUGUGGUGUUAUCUCCAGACAGGACGAGGGUCGCGGUGUAUUCGGCGGUAAGGUCAAGAAGUUCAUUUACUCCCCGCACAGAGUUGUCAGCGGCGGAAGCAACAAGGAGACCAGGCGAUGGGGGCCGCACACUCCUUGCAUUAGAGUUUGACCACGGCGAUGGUUCAUGGUGUCCCCUUAGACUUGCACCUGAGCUCGAGAAGGAGAAGGAGGAAGUGGGGGAUAACGGUGAAGGAAAUGCAAGUCCACUACCUUUUAUCCCUGAGGAUACAUUACUACUCGAUGGUUGCAAUGCUUCGAUAACACACGGUGCAAGUUUGACAUUGGGUGCACUUGGCUACGACUCGCCUGCUGACAGCCGAGCAAAUAGCCGGACUGUUUACAAACCGCAACGAGUAAGCGAUUGGAAGGGAUAUAAGGAUGAAGUGACUGAGAGUCACGAGGGGAGUGACACGCCCGAAGGAAAGUCACCUUUUGAAGGAAUGAGGUACCCGAACAUUAGGCCUUUGGACAUCCAAUUUUUUGAUAUUCUUCUUCGUGGGUUGAACCCGCGUUUUCGUCUCAACCGUAUCCGCCUGUUAGUUGCUUUCCCGGUAGCUAUCCUGGGGGCGGGGUUCGGUGUGAUUCUUACCGUUUACCUUCGUAGUGCCAUGGGGUCGUGUUGCCGUGAUGCAUCAUCAAAUACCUGCUCAGGCUCUGCAGAUCAUAACAUAUCGGAUGAGUACUGUGAACAGACGUUCUGUGAUGACAAUAACAACACGGCGCUGGCCCAAGUUCAUACCGCUUUCCUUUUUGGAAACGCGCCCGUUCCGGGGCAUUUUGUUGUGGGAGCGACGUGCUGCAUGCUCCUCGCAUCAGUAGCAACAUUGCUGGUGGGUUACUUCACUGCACGGUCGCUUGCGGUAAAAUCGCGCCCACUUUUUCACAUGGUCGUAAUGUGUGUGCAAAUUUUGUUGGCGGCAGCCGCCGCCGUGCUCUCAGCUUACACCAUUUUUAUUCUAUCCCACUCUCGACACAAAAUUGAUUGCUCUUUCUUUGGUGAUGGUGACGCUCUUUCCUGCAUGAUGGCGCAGCGCUUCUGUCCCAAUUACAUUAUUGAGGUGGUGCGCCCUGGUCCAUGGCCUGUGGAACUUGUGCUAUCGUCUGUCCUUUUUCUGCUUUGUGUCGUGGAAUUGGUCGCAGCAUUUCUGCCACCCAUGCCGAGUAAAGAGGUAGUGGAAAGCUGCAUUAAAGCUAUUCCUGAAACAGGAACAUUUUACCCCAGCGUGUAUGCCCCAGACGGCAUUACCUCACGGGAGAAAGCGACAAUGAGAUGCACCAUGAAGAAAAACCUUCGCAUGCAACUGAAAACCCGUGCGAGUCAGAAAGAUAUUCUCUUGACACGCAACGUCACCAUUGGUGAGUUGAUAGCAGCAAACCGAGACCAGAGCCUCAAAGAGAAAACAGAACGGCUAAGUGUUCCAACUCAUAACUCAACCACGUCUCAUAACAACCGAGAAGUGGAACAGAUCCACUACAUGGUGUAUGAUGCGGCUGACUAA